CUCUAAUUUAGGAUCCAAAUUCUACGUUUCUAAUUAUUUUUCCGCCCCACUCACAGACACCAUGACUGCCCUGGAUAUUACUGCCGAGAGGGAAAAGAUUCAGAGAGAGAUCGACGCUCUCGAGAGGAGUUUGGGCCCCGAUGUUGCUUCGAUAGACGUCGUCGUGUCGGACUCGAGCGUCGAUCCCGAAGAUGAUUCUGACAUAGAAGACUUAGACGGAGAUAGUCAAAAGGGUGAUGUCAUUUGGGAAGACGGUACCAGCAAGACGGAAUUGUGUUUGCAGAUGAACCUGGUUUACCAAGCGGUGAUUGAGGAGAAGAUUCAGGAGCUGGAGCUGCUUCUCGCUAAUAACAAGGAGCAGCAGGAAGAGUUACUCUGGGAGAUCGCCGGCCGAAAAAACUCAAGAAGUGGGGAGUCUAAGCAGCAACCAUCAAAUGUCACCCUCGGGCAUUUCUUGAGGCCGUAUUUUAGGGAUAAAGUUACUGGAGUGGGUCCGCCUGCCAAUCAAGACAUGAUUGAAAAAUCCGCGCAGGGAAUAAAGUCCUUUGAAGAGCUUACCAAUAGAGAAUGGAAGAGCCGGGAUAAAAAGGAGCUUAAAAUAGCCGUGAUAAGCGACCGCUUGCAAAAGAUGCUCCAGCCCAAACUGUUUAAGCUGGAAUAUCUGCAGACAAAGCGAGACAACAGCAAGAGCGAAAUCGACAAGAAGAUCUUGACCAAACAGAUCCAGGAAACAGAACGGGAAAUAGAUGACAUCAACCAGCUCCCAGAAGAUGUCUUAAUUGGGAAGAGGACAGAUGAACACGACUGGGACAAGAUCUGCAACAUCAACUUUGAAGGUGCCCACAGCGCGGAGAAGUUGAGAAGGAUCUGGCAGAACUUAGAACACCCCCAUAUUUCCAAGGGGUCUUGGGAAGACGAGGAAGUGUCCAAACUGCUUGAAAUCGCGGCCAAGCAUAAUUACGUCAACUGGCAAGCGAUUGCCGAGGAACUGGGGACAAACAGAACCGCGUUCCAGUGUCUUCAGGUAUACCAGCUCAACAACAAGGAUUUCAAACGCAAAGAGUUCACCAAGGAAGAAGACGAGAUGUUGACGCAUCUCGUGCAGCAGAUGCGCGUCGGGAACCAUAUUCCUUACCGGAAAAUCUCCUACUUUAUGGAAGGCAGAGACGGCGUGCAGCUCCUGUGUCGGUGGUCGAAGAGCAUAGAUCCUAACUUGAAAAAGGGAUCUUGGACCAAAAGUGAAGAUGAGCUGUUGCUGAAGGCCGUAGCUAAGUACGGGGCAAAGGACUGGUACAAGAUUCGAGAAGAGGUUCCCGGCAGAAGCGACGUGCAGUGCCGAGAGAGAUAUGUGAAAGGCCUCCACAGGGAUCUGAAGAAAGGAAAGUGGAGCGUGGAAGAGAAGGAGAAGCUUAUGGAGCUCAUAGAAAAGCACGGAGUGGGUAACUGGGCAAAAGUAGCCUCGGAAUUAACCCACCGGUCGGGCUCUCAGUGUCUGAGCAAAUGGAAAGGCAUCAUGGGUUUAUUAAAGAGAUCGAAGUGGUCCAAGAAACGUAUAAAGAAAGAGAAAGUCAGCGAGUCGGAGGGCACCACCAGCACUAGCAGCAGCAGCAGCGAGGAGAGCGAUCUGGAGCUCACCGACAGCUCCGAGGAGGACAAGAAGAAGAAGAAGUCCCCCAAGCGUCCAGAACCCGUUUUGCAGAAAGUGCCCAGGCUGGAUUUGUGGGUACCAAGGAAACUGCCCCUAACUACAGAGGCGCCGCAGAACUCCACAUCUCCUCUCAUCAGGGUCAGACCUUUGAGAACUAAGAGAGCCGCAAAGAUCCAAAAGGGUCCUUUCCAGUUCACCACCGUACUGAAAGGCAUUGCCUAUCCUCACUCCACGGAUACAGUCAUUGAGGACCCCAAAGAGCUCAUAAACGAGGCCGCCCAGAACAGACGUCAGAUUCUGUGUAUCAGCGAGGACGACGUCAGGAGAAUUCUGAAAGUAAACACCCAGCUCCGCCACGACAAGCAGGUCAGCAGACUUGGGAUAAAACCAAGUUCCUCCGACGUUCCUGGCGCGGAUCAGCCUGAAGGCCAAGUCCCGGGGAAGCCGGAGUCGGUGCUUCGUAAAAAAGUUGAACUUUGCAGAGAUACGUUGGAAAGACGGCUGCUCUUAGCCGUCACCCCGUGGGUGGGCAAUGUCUUUCUUCCCCUCUCGGCAUGCGCUGGAAGACCGCUCAAGAAGAAGAUGAUUCAAGCUGAUGUAUUGAAGGAACGGAUCAGCUCCAUACCGCUGUCCAGUACUCCUGUGUUUACUUUCUUUAUCCAGUUCUUUCGUAUAGAUGCCGACGGCUGUCUCAAAAUAAUCAAGGACAGAAAACCUAAACCGGCUGCCAUUUUCACCAAAAAGAACCCAACCCCUACAAUCCCGAAGGUGGCGGCUCAAUGCGUAAGCGUGCCGGCGUACACUUCUUAUUUGUUUGGUCCUUUUAGUAUUAUUUAUGAAGGAGUUCAGCGUACCUUAUUCACCAAUUUGAAAGUGCCCACAAAGCCCAUCGAGAAGCCCAUAGUGAAGCCCAUCGAGAAGCCCAUCGUGUCCACAAAGUCCAUAGAGAAGCCCAUAGAGACCACCUCCGUUGCAGUUAGACCGUCGAUCGAUUCACAGCAAAACUGCCCUUUGCCCAGUAGCCCACCUUGCCAUCGUUCAAGGAAGAAAGAACCCCCCAAAAAACGCGAGGGACCAGCUCCGAAGCUAAAAACCGUGUAUGAACUACUCAGGGAAAAAAGGGUCCGCGAAAAGAGGCAGAAGGAAGCCGCGAACAGGACUGCUCUCCAAUCUGUAAUAAUUCAGCCUGCCAUCAAUGCAGCAAGCCAGCGGCAAACCGUGGUAUUACCCCUGACUCCGUCCCAGUCCGAGAGGACGGUGUGGCCAGUAAUGCCGUUGGUUUCGUUGCCCGCGUGUCAGAUUAUUCAAGCUAAUUCUUCCAGCUCUUCGCCCGGCCCCGGGGCAGAUGCUGGAAAGAGUAACCUGGGGAACCCAUCGACGGAAGAAAAAGGAAAAAGUACGAAUAGUCCAAGCGCUAGUAACAGUCCUGCCCCGGCACAAGGAGGAUCAUCUUCUACAGCAAAACCGCCACAGCAAUCAAUAACAUUAAUGCCAACGCUGGUGGGUGGUACAGGGGCAAAUAGCUCUGUAUUGCCUGUGACCUGGUUUGUUACCCCUCAGGGCUUGGUCCCAAUACCUCUGCAGGCGUUAAGAUUUUCUACUCCAGCCUCAACUCAACCUUCAAAUGAAGCUCCUUCCCCAGCCCCAAGUUCCACGAGUGGAGCAGAAGACCUUACUGAGACCAGGCCACCUCCUGACUCUAAUGCCACGGAGAGCAAUAAUGUAACUACCCCCCAUGUUGUUAAAACGGAACCUUCUAGUGGAUCAGGAAGCGAAGUGGCAUCUGGUCCUGGCCACGGUGCCUCACCAGGUUCAGAUAAGGUCACCUCCGAUCAUGCUCCUUCAGUACCUGCGCCAUUAUCCCCAAAGAUCACCACAGUUGCAUCUCCGAACGCUGCAGACAUACCUUCUGUCCCGCUGGUUCGUCCUCCGUUGUCAACACCUUCCCCCAGCCCCGCGUCUAAUAAUCCAUGCAGUCAUCCACCUGUACCAAAAGGCCAGGCUUCUCUGGGUCUAAAAAGAUACCCUGUCGUUAAAAUAGCAAAAAUUCUUCCUUUAAACCAUUCUGAAAACGCUGCACCCAAUUCCAAAAGUCCACCAAAGAUUGUUCUGUCCCCAGGCUCUAAAAGCAACAGCCAACCAACCCCGUGUAGCCCUGAUAGAAAUCAUCUGAAUCUGAGCCUCGUGUCCUUGGAAGAAGAGUCCAAAGUGAAGGAAUGGCUUCCGGGUUGCAAAGAUUUAGAAACCCCGACGCCAAACAGUAACACGGCCUACCUACCCCCUUCGGUCUGCACUCUUAAGAUGUUAUCUAGGCUUUUGUUACAGAAGAACGUUUUGGAAGACAAUGCCUUCAAACUGGUGCCUCCUCUGGAAGGUGGUAUCCUGAGGUCUCCAGGAACAAAGACAGAGGUUGUCAAAGACAUUGUCAACCAAAAGUUAAAGGACAACCCGGCGUAUCUCUUGCUCAAGCAACGCUUCCUUUCAGCCUUCGCCUUAUCAGCUCUGCUAGCAGUUCUUCCACCGGGCCAAAGCAGGACAACCAUGGGCUACUCAAAGAUGAAAUAUGACAGCAGCGACGAGGACGCGGACCACUCUACAGAGUCCGAAAGCAACCAGGAAGCAGAAGAAGAGGGAGAUGAUGUUCAGAAAUCAUGCCCAGACACGAAUGAGGAUGAUGUUGAAGAUCAGGAGGCAUCGGACGAUGAAGAAAGCGGCCAUGAGACCUCCACCAACACCGUCGACGGCAUGGAGUGCCUCUCGAGAAGAACCACUCGGAAGAGGACAUAUCCUCUGAAGGAGACGUGAGGGAAACAAAGUAUCGGGGUCUUCCUCGGGAUUCCUCCCGGAAGGGGCAGAAGUGAUUUAAAAGAACAAUCCUUGCGAUAAAUGUUUCCUGCGCCGGCCGUAGAGAAAAUGAUUUGGCCUUUUUAUGGAGAAGA